UGGUGGCCACUUUUACUGUACUUUUUGCUCACAGUUUUCGCAGAAACCAAACAAAAAUACCCUUCCACAAAAAUCAACCUCACAACUCUUCUAUCCUCUUGUUUUUAAAAGACGUGUUGUUUGUUUUCCAUCCAUCCUUCCACCAUGUCCACAGAAACAUCCUAUCAUGAUGACCUGAUCCCUCCCUUUACCAAGUACCAAUACCAAGAAUCCUUUUUCGGAGGCGAACCUCCCUUGGGUGUGGAAGUGGGAUACGCCGUGGUCUUGGGCUUUGGACUGCUGUUUAGCGUGGUGACGACCAGUUUUGUCUACAUCACUCAGUACUUUGGUCCCAACCAGGGCGCGGAUCUCAUCAUGACCAGCGAGUACUUUAAUACGGCCGGUCGCAUGGUCAAGACGGGGUUGACGGCCAGUGUCAUUAUCAGUCAAUGGACGUGGGCGGCAACGUUGCUCCAAUCGUCCAAUGUCGCAUGGGCGUACGGAGUCUCGGGACCCUUUUGGUACGCAUCGGGAGCCACCAUUCAAGUUCUACUGUUUGGAGUACUGGCCGUCAAUCUCAAAAAGGUGGCACCAUCGGCUCAUACCGUGGCGGAAAUUGUCAAUGCCAGGUGGGGAAAACCUGCCCAUCAGACAUUUCUAUUCUUUUGUUUCAUGGCCAAUAUCAUUGUCACGUCCAUGUUGCUAUUGGGAGGAGCUGCUACCGUCGAAGCCUUGACGGGAUUGGAUUAUCGAUUGGCAUCCUUCCUCAUCCCCUGGGGUGUCAUUCUCUACACGGCAUCGGGGGGAUUGCAAGCUACCUUCUUGGCGAGUUAUAUUCAUACUGUGGUCAUUUUUGCUGUCCUGAUCUGUAUGCUCUUUGUGGUCUAUGUCAAGGUCUAUUCCAGUGACACGAUUUAUCAUUUUCUCAAUCAGACGGUAUCUUUUAACCAAACACAAUGUCAAGACAUUUUCAGCAAUGAAUACGGAGAAACCUUCUUUGUCGAAGGCACAUAUGCCUGUGGCCCCGUCCAAGGCAACAAGGAAGGCUCCUACUUGACCAUGCUCAGUUCCAAAGGACUCAUGUUUGGAAUCAUCAACAUUGUCGGAAACUUUGGAACUGUCUUUGUCGAUCAGUCGUAUUGGCAAUCGGCCAUUGCCGCACGACCCUACUCUGCCGCCAAGGGAUACUUUUUGGGAGGCAUUUGUUGGUUUGCCAUUCCCUUUUCGCUCGCCACAUCCUUGGGAUUGGCAUCCACGGCACUCAUGUUGCCAAUCACGGCCGAAGAAGCCAGUAGUGGAUUGGUCCCUCCCGCCGUGGCGACGGAAUUGCUGGGGACAGCCGGAUCCGUGCUCAUUUUGGUCAUGUUGUUCAUGGCCAUUGUCUCGACGGGAUCGGCCGAAUCCAUUGCCGUGUCGUCGCUCAUUGCCUAUGAUGUGUACUGGGAAUACAUUAAUCACGAUGCCACGGGCGAUGAUAUUUUGAGGAUUUCCCGCUACGUCGUGGUGGCAUUUGGACUCUUUAUGGGCGUCUUUUCCAUUGUCUUGCACGAAAUUGGACUCAACCUGGGAUGGGUCUAUCUCUUCAUGGGUGUCUUGAUUGGAUCCGCCGUGGUGCCCCUUUGGAAUUUAAUGACGUGGAAAGAUGCAUCGGGCACCGGGGCCGUCAUUGCCGCAUGGGCGGGGCUCUUUUUGGCCAUUAUCUCCUGGCUCGCCGCCGCCAAGAUUCAAAGUGGGGACAUUACGGUGGAAACGUUGGGGACCAACGAAGUCAUGCUCAGUGGAAACUUGGUCGCCAUUGGAUCGUCGGGGUUUAUCCAUUACGUCUAUUCCAAAUACAUUGAUCCGCAAGACUACGAUUUUGACGAGUUGGACCGGAACAUUCACUUGGUGGAAGACGAUCAACGUGGAUUGACCGAAGACGAACUGGACCCGGUCGUCAUUCGCAAGGCCGAGCGGUGGAUUAAACGACGCGGAUACAUGGUGACCUUUCUUCUCGUGGUGGUUUGGCCUCUCCUGUCCAUCCCGGCGGGAGUCUUUUCCAAAGCGUACUUUGCAUUUUGGGUAUUAGUGGCAUUGGCAUGGGGAUUUGGGGCCGCACUGAUCAUUACCUUCUUGCCGCUCCAAGAAUCAUUUGACGAUCUGAGUCUGGUUGCUAUCAAUAUGUUGAACGCGCUCUUGGGACUGGUGCAUCUACCACCACUCAGCACUGAAGUGGAAGAUGCCAUCAUUGAAGAGGAGGAGAGAAAGAAGAAAGAGAAGAAGGAGCGGCAAGAAAAGCUGAAAAAGAAUGACGAUUUUGAUGAUGAAGACGAGAGCGAAAGCGAGAGUGAAGCACAUGCUACUACCCACGAAGAUGCGACAAAUUGAGGGGUUGUUGGUUUUGAUUGAUGGAUGCAUGCUCUUUUUGGUGUUUGUAUUUGCUCAUUUUGGUUGCACGAUGAUACGGUACCCUUUGCACAUUGUAUACAAUAGUUCAUAUUUUUUUGAUUCUGGU